UACUAAUGAGAAUACUAAACACAUCGAGUUUGAUAGACAUCUUACUCAAGACAACAUCGCUGCUGGGGCCAUUAAACUUUUGCAAUAUGCUACAACUUAACUAGAUUACUGAUUUGUUUAAUUACUAAAUCUUUCCCCACAAAUUGUGUUUAGUUGGUUUGACUGGCAAGUUGGUCAUUUGAUUACCCAUAUUCUAGCUUGAGGAGGAGCGGAGACUGUUGGAAUCAAAUGAGUAGUUUAAGUAUCCUUGUGUUUCUUUGUUUAGUUUUUGUAUUGAUUUGUAACAAGGACAAAUACAAUUAAAGAUUAGACCUUUUAGGUAACUCCAAUUUAUCGUUUAUUAAUGAACUAUUAGGUGGAAUGUUUUGAUCCUUUUGUUCCGGGAGGAAUAACCUCUCAUCAUUUUGCAGCAGAAAUAAUAUUGGAUAUAUUAGUCAGAAAAACAAAUGAUAACUAGUUUUUUUCUUCUUCUGUAUAACAUGAUUAUUAGUUGUAAUAUCUUUUAUGAACAACAUUGUAUAGUUCACAAAUCACAAAUGAUGCUCGGGUUCGAGCUAGGUUAUUAAUCAGCUGCUGCCUAGUGUGUCGAUUUAGUUAGUACCUGUUGUGCAGCAAGCUACGUGGAAGCCAAGUAUAGUUAGAACUUGGAAGACCUAUUCUCUAGGUUUCAGCGCGUCUCGUUAACUUGAAGUUGACUUUGGCUAUUAGGCUAUAAUUACCAGAAUUGUUCCUUGUUAGAAAUUAUAACUUGGGGAAGAUGGGUGCAUGGCUCUUUCCCUGUUUCUUCUUGUUAUUUAGGGCUGGCUAUUUGGUCCCGGACUGUUUGCUUUUACCCGAAACCGGACCGUAUAACCCGAAUUGGGACCGGACUGGGACCGGAUAGCAAACAAUGCAAUCUUAUAUUCAGACUUAGAUCUGAGGUAAAAAAACCCGGAUAAAGACCGGAUAAGAGACCCCCAACACCUAAAAUCAAGAUAAAAUUGGGACCGGACCAGAUCAAGACCGGACUGUAUCCAAUCCAAUCUUUGGUCCUUAUAUUCCCGAAAAGACCGGACUGGGACCGGAUCAAUUUGGUCCAAUUUUAACCAGAUCGAACCGUAUAGCCACCCUAUUAUUAUUUACUGCAAUUCAAAUUGUGGAAAAAAGGAGUUUCAUUCAUAAAAUAAAAACAAUUGACUUUUUGAGAAAGAGAUAGUUCGAAAGUAUCAAACAGAAUCGCCUAUGGCCGGCCAUUUGGAGUAAAUUAUAUCAUACUAUAAUUUGGAAGAAAGUAGGUUGAGGGUUAUAUUCCUCGAAGCACCCAAGGCAACUUACAAUACAUUUAUCUUUAUCUCCUAAAAUAUUUCCAAUUAAACCUAACUCCAUCGCCCCCACAUUGCCUCUGAUUACCCUAUAUAAAUACCCAUAUACCUUGCUUUAUAAGUUGUAACACAGGUUCUACUCUAAUCACACAUACAUUUCCCCCCAACAGAAAUGACAAAAGAGAGAAAUUAGCGAAAACAAUCGACAACCCUAAUCCCCUUUACAUCCUUCAUCAAAAAGCUAACAUACAAAAUCGAAAGAAGCUAACUCUCAGCUCUGCAGGAGAAAAUACCGGAGCCUUUCGUCCCACAACACCCUUAUCAAAACAUCAAUUCAUCAUGAAGGUACGCGUUCAACUAAUUGUACUCUAUUUGUCUUGCUAAUCUCUGUUUAUCUAUCUCCCUUUUCUUCUCUCCUUUUUGAAAUCUGUGCAACGAAAAAAGGUUCUAUACGUGAGGGGAUGUCUUCGAAUCUACGAUUUUUCAGGUUGAAAAUCAAGGAUGAUACCACUAGACCAAUCCCUCGCUCGUUGUAUUUGUCUCCCUUUGUAUAUGCAUGUAGCUAGCUAUAACAAGUACAUACACUACUACUUUGUUCUACAGAGAAAGGUGGUGCUGAGGGUUCCCAACAUGAACAACAACCCCAAGUGCCGGACCAAAGUCAUGACCAUCGCAGUUUCUGUUGCCGGGGUUCAAUCAAUGACUAUAAUGGAAGAGAAGAACGAGAUAGCAGUCACCGGCGAAGGGAUCGACGCCGUGGAGUUGGCGUGCUUGUUGAGGAAAAGGGUGGGAUUUGCCGACGUCUUGAGCGUCGCCGAUGUUAAACCCGAUAAGAAGCCCGAACCUUCUCCCGACGGAAGUGGAGCUUUAGCGACGAGAAAUAAUGUGCCGGCGAUUGGUUGGAGAGACGGUGCUAAUUAUAAUUGCUAUUAUAAUUAUGUGUAUGGUCAUCCACAUAAUUGCCCGUACCAUCACCCUUACUAAAUACGCACACAUAUACAGUUAUACGACUACCAAUAUAUAUAUAUAAACGAAAUAAUCGGUAUAUGUACGCAAACAUAUAUGUACAUGUAUACUAUAUGUGUGUAAUAAUUAGCCCGUAUGUAUAUCGGUAUAAGUUAAUUACUAGUGACGGUUGGAAGCUCCUGUGCUUUCGGAUCGUGAAGUUGGAUUUGAAGCUCGCCAUCGAAGAAUAGUCAAGUCGAGCAACGUGUGUGCAGAUAGCGGAGUAUGCACCUCUGUGACACGUACUUUCUUCAUCGCCGUUAUUGGGUGGUAAGUGACUAUAUAUUAGCUCAAAAUUGGCUAGUUCUCGAUCACCUCUCAUACGUAUUAAAAAGUGAAUGGCUUUGCGUAUCGACUCUCAAAAUACAAUACUUCCAACUUU